AGUUUUUGUGUUCCUUACUCUUUUGAAGGCUGUCAAGCUAGUAAAAAUGAACAAGCACUGUUGAAGAAGAUAUUUCACCCAAAUUAUAACCUGAAUGAACGACCUGCGGUAAACGAUUCAGAUGCUGUGACGGUCAUUCUUGGUUUAACACUCAAUCAGAUUGUUGACGUGGUAAGUAUCAAAUAGGGACCCAUAGAUGCUGUGACGGUCAUUCUUGGUUUAACACUCAAUCAGAUUGUUGACGUGGUAAGUAUCAAAUAGGGACCUUUAACUACCGAGACAGAUCAAAAUUCGCGGAAACCCGGUUAUUAAAUCAAUAGGGGAAGCCAUUUCAUAGUUGUCCAGACCUCUAUUUUUUUAAAGCGAGGCUAAAAGCGAAGCCAUUGAUAUGAGAAUGAUAUAUUAUUCUGAUGCAAAUAAAACUCAUUUUCACAAGAAUGAUUUUGCAUUUUGCCUCGUUUUGAAAGUGAGAGUUUUUGGAACUAGACAUCAAAUUUCUUGAGGCCUAGGUUCACAGCCUGUCUCCGAAGUGCGUGGUUAUAACAUUAUAAACUGAAAUAGCCAAAGGUGAUUUUUGUUUCCUUUUUGUAUUUUAGGAUGAAAAGAAUCAAAUUCUGACAACAAGCGCCUGGGUUAGACAAGUGAGUCCGCUAUACCAGCUUAUUUCACCUACCUUUUGCACUAUUUUGUCUGAACCGACAGACAAUAGCUGUACGUGCCUCUCGACAUUGUGUCUACUGUCUACAUCAAAUUUGACUGAACCCUUAACAAAGCCACAAAUUCGUUAGUAAAAGGUGGACAGUUAGAGUGUAAUGUUAAAGAAAAUUAUCCAGGCAAGUUGCAGAAGUGGAUCCCAAAAAUUCAGUAAUGGGUGGGCGAGACUUACAUGCAUAAGGAAGGUUCUAGAAAUAAGGAUAAGAUUACUAAAAAAUUGAAGAGAUAAAAAAAGAUAAAGAUGUGAAAAUGCCGUCUAACUUUAACUUUUUCCUCAUUCCUCAGAUAUGGUUUAAUCCUCUCUUAGCCUGGAACAGCAGUGAGUUUGGUGGAUUAAAAACUAUCAACGUGUCUCCAAAGAAAGUCUGGCUUCCUGACAUCGUUCUAUAUGAGAAGUAAGUGAACUUUAUCUAGACCAAAAUUGCCUUUUCGUUAAGAUUAUAGCUAGGCCAUUCGUUGUGGUGAAAACUGAUUUUUCAGUAAAAUGAAAUAAGGGCGGCCGUUUGGAAACGUUGGAAACGUUGGAAACGCUUUAAACUAAUUAUAAGCUUAUAUUCAUGGAAACUCGCGGAGGAGGCCUAAAAUUUACUAGAUGUCAACGUUGAUUUGGUACGGGAGAUUUGGUGCGACACUUCAAGGAAAGUAACCAGAAGAAUUUGACAUGAUUUUCCCCGCGAUGAAAAGACAGUUUAAAAGAUGUUGUCAGCAAAAAAUCUAGAACUGACUAGCUUCUGACUGCUUUCCUUCAGAGCAGUCAUCAAGAGUCGAGUAAGACCGAUCUUUGAGGAUAAAAUAACGAAGAAUGCAGCAGGUUUAACCUUGCGCACCCCUGCGAUGGACAAACGUUUACGGAAGAAUUGGGGGGUGGGCCGGGGUCUUUCUGUCUUUUUUUUUUUGAAGUUAAAAUUAAGAGGGAACGGUAAAUAAGCUAUCUACACCUCGAUCUCUCCUUCUCCCCUUGAAGGAAACCGGUCGUUUCGAUACAAACUCGAGAAGUGAAAUUGCACAAAAAUUUCAUUCACUACAAGUAUAGUUUGCGUGUGAACAAGAAAAACAUUUUGGGUGAAUACUCUUCGUUCUUUAAGCCAAGUACGUUGAACUAUUUAGGCGUCGACUUAAGUGUAGCCUUGUUUUGAAAUGACUUGUAUCGAAACAACCGGCAGCGCCCCUGGAAUAUGUACAAAAUUUGCCUCUCUUCUUUUUCACAGCGCUGACGAAGAUAUCAGUUUUGGCGGCAACUUAGACCGCUUAAACUUCCGAGUUGUACUGCAUCACACGGGAAAGAACGUUUGGCUUGCUCCGGUCACUUUCAAGAGCAAAUGUCGCAUCGACAUCAAGUAUUUCCCAUUUGACACGCAGUAUUGUAAAAUGAAGUUCGGUUCGUGGACUUACGACGGCUAUCGUCUCGAUAUAUUGAACGAGAGCCACUCUGCUGACCUGGGAAAUUACAUCGAGAGCGCCGAGUGGGAUUUGGUCGGUGUGCCGUCGGUGCGAAACGUGUUGAAGUAUUUUUGUUGCGAGGAACCUUUCCCGGAUGUAACAUUUACCCUUAUCAUUCGGAGGCGCUCUCUUUUCUAUAUGAUGAACUUAAUAUUACCGCUGGUCAUCAUCACCGUGUUGAUUAACGUGUCUUUUAUACUCCCCGCAGAGUCAGGUAAGUGUUUUUUGAUGCGCAUGUGCAAUACUGACUGCGCUCUUUAAUAAUUUAAUCGCCAGGGUCGGGUUGCAAAAAACAUCUUAAGGUUAAGGGAACUCGUAACUAUUAUUUCAAAACAAUAGGUUAUUUAUUUAUUUUAUUUUAUUUUAUUUUAUUUGCCACACAAUAAUUACAAAAAAUAAAGGAAAAGAUUAUUGUUCCAGAACAAAAGUUAAGAGCCCUCUUAUCUUAAGAGGGUUUUAUGCAACCUAGCCCAGUAGCCCAUAACCCGGAGCGGGAGAAAAAGUGCCGUAAAAAUAAACUGCUCUUUAAAAACGCCGUGACAUAGACCCAGUAUGGAAGUUGCUCGCUCCCAGUUAUGGGCUCCUGAAUCGCCAAGGGUCCGGACUCGGUAAAUGCCUGUAUUAUCUUGUAAUAAUACUGAGGAUAUAUGUCACCUAUCCCAAUUCUAGUUUUUAGACGAAGAACAAGUCAACCAAUAGUUUUUUUCUUGCGUCAUUUCCCUUUAGUGUAUUGCAAAGCAGUGUAGUGUGUUUGUAUUGUACAUUCGCCAUUUUGGAAAUUGGGCCGAGUUAACUUUCGCAAGGGUUUCUGGGACUGUUACUAGCUGACCGGUGCGUCCUCAGUAACGAUCCCAGAAACAAUUGCGGCACGUAUCUCGGCUCCAGUCCCCUUCUCGUUUCUCGUGGCGACUAGAUUGCGCGCAGUCUUGAAAACAGAGGUCUGGAGGAGCUUGAAUGCAGCGAGUGACACUUGCUGAAGAGCGGCGCUCAGUUCGCUGCAUCUUGCUGCAGGAAGAGAAAAUGAGCUAUUCUACUUCGAAUUGUCCAAACUAAAGGCAAUCUAUCUUUUUUCAAUAUCAAGUUUGAUUGUUUUAAUCUACGUUUAGUCUCAAGUUUUAACCAAUCUUUUGCUUAACCAGUGGAAAAUGGUUCGUUAAAAAUUCACUUUUUCGUUGUUGUUCAUUGUUUUUUUUUCUCAGGUGAACGUAUUUCCUUGACGAUAACAAUCCUUCUGGCCAUGACAGUGUUCAUGUUGGUGGUGGCAGAAACAAUUCCCCCAUCAUCGGAUGUAGUACCGCUUAUUGCCAAGUUCUAUAUGGCUGGGAUGGUCGAAAUGGCUGUCGGCCUUGUGUGGACUUGUUACAUCUUGAAAUAUUAUCACUCGGAUGUCAUCGAGAUGCCGUAUUGGGUUCGGAAGUAUGUCCUCGGCUAUCUCGGAAAUUUCUUCGGAAUCAGUAUGGAGAACCUUAAACGAAUCCAGGAGCAUUCAAAAAUGCGCAAGGAUACUGGUCGGAAAGCUACCCUGGAAACGUCGUUAGAGCCAAUUCGAAAUGGCUCGAUAAAACUCAAGAAUAAGAUUCGUUUGAUUAACGGUCACAGUAAUAGCCCUUAUGACAGCCAUUACAGAAACGCGGCUUCGAGUACAAACGGUUUUCUUGCAGCGCCGUCUCUCAGUGCUUCGGAACUAUCGUUAAAUCACAUGGAAGGGUUCCAGGAUCCCGUACUUCAGCUCGGAGAAAGAAUUCUCGACAGAGUCGACACGCUUGUAGAAAACUCAGUCGUAGACGACAGACUGAACAAUCACAAAGAAGAAUGGCGUAUUGCUGCCAUGGUGAUGGACAAGCUUUCUUUAUGGGUGUUUGGGAUAGCCGUAUUGGUGACUGUAUUGGCGGUUUUCUUACAAGCUCCUGCGUAUGUUGCGUGA